GUUGCUGGGGUAGGCAGGUACAGGCGUUUGUACAUAAUCUAGUGGAUGUGGAAUCGCGUUGCAGCUAUUGACCUACAUACUUUAUUUUUUUUUCUUCCUUAGUAACAUCUUCUCAAUAAAUUCAUCCCAAUCAUUUUUCAAGUCACUGCUCGCAACCACCCGACGCGCGCUUGCACCUUUAUUAUUCAAACAUUAAUUCCUUGAUAAGGUACCUAUCGAUUGUCUUCCUGCCUCGUGCGUCUUGGCCAUUGUUUGUAUCUUAAUUCUCUGGAAUUCCAUCCACAUUUCGCCGGAACGGACGACGAGGACAAUGAGGCCAUUGAUACUGCAUAACGUCCCGGACGAGGAACUCUACACUGGCGAUGAUGGAGUUCAACGCCCUUAUGCUAUGUAUUGGCCCGAAGGGGGCGAUCGUCAGCGAAACUUACCGCGCACGCGCGCACGAGAGGUGACCGAAUCCGGUUCUUUCGGUAAAUCGACAAGACGAUCCAGAUCGAGAACGGGCAGUGCGCCGCCGAAACGCGAAGAUGCCACUAUGCAAAAUGCCGAUAAACUCUUCUCCAACUACGUAUCGAGUCGCCAGCAAGCCUCCAACGCGACAACAACAGCCACAGCGUCCUCAAAUGCUGCCCCUACGCAGCGUAAGUCUAGUUUUCUAGGACAAACCGCGACACAAUCACAAGAAGACUCUGCUUCUACCACGCAAGCCUCUACGUAUCGAAAAGAGCCUACGGAAAUCAUUCUUCGAGGCUACUCUUCCCCAUCGCAACAGUACGCGGCUAUCAACCACUACGAGCAACUGGCGGGAAGGAUAUGUGAAGACUACUCUAGGGAACCACCGAUCGAAUCGCGACGAUAUAAAUCGGACCUACGAGACCCUGCGCUGACUCGACGACAGCCUUUAUCAUCUACUGAACGAGUAAAGGUCAGCAGAGUAGCUAGUGGGGAACACUGGGUUAAAAUCACAUUCGAGUCAGCAGAAGCUGCCGAGGCUGCGCUGUACGCCUCCCCGCAAAAAAUAUUGGGCCAUCUCGUCUACGCCGAACCCUAUAUUGGCCUGCCUCCUAAGGAAGAUGCUGCAGUGUUAGAUAUAGCGGGAGAUACCGGCAUGCUUGACCCCUUCCGAUCACGGGGCAGAGCUAGACGGCCAUCACAACCUCGCAUGGAGAAGGCUCCAUCAUUUCCUAGAUCUCUCUCAACACCUAAUGUUGAGCGGGCUGGCAAGCAAAAUGAGUCUCCAACAGGAUCCCAAGGUUCAACUCAAACGAUGGAUACGGCCACCGCUUCAACUGCGACCGUGACGGGAAUCCCCGCAGGUUUGGGCAAUUUUCCAGAAGGUGCAGACCAGCAACCCCAAAACCAGGAGCAGGGGGCGGACGGCGCGUACUGCCGACGUAUUCCAGAGGCCCGGCGGGUUAGGCUCUUGCCGGCAGAGCAGGCUCUGGCACCGCAGCCAACUUUACAGCAAUGGCUGCUAUCAUGGAUUCCUCUAAUCGGCUGGUUCGGCGGUUCCAUGAUUGGGAAUGAGGUCCCUCGAAACGAAAUCGGUGAAUUCGAUUUUAACCGCGCUAGUUUGUACUGGAAGCUCAUGUUCUUUCUGGACUUGUGGUUUGGUCUUUUCAGUCGCGAACUCGUUAGCGGCGACAAAGACGAUUGAGAGAUCUUACUACUCUACCUCGACGAACGGACCGGCUACUUAGGCGCUUUAAUUUGACGCGACAAGCCAACUGAUUUGACCUGAACUAUUUACUUUGCCGACAUUCAGGCGGCUUUAAACACGACGGCGACACAAAGGGAGAGGGAGACGAAAAGAGUGAGGCACGGUAAUCACGCAUUUUGGAAUCGGAGUUGGGGAACAAGAUCAUUACCUUCUAAGGGGACAAAAGCAUGCGAGACGCACAUGCGCGUUAGAAUCAGUCUAGCGUCCUGCAUCGACAGCAAAGUAUAAGAGCGGUGCUAUGCUUGACAUUUGUUAAUCCUACUACUAUAGACAGACAGACAAGCUAGACGUGGAAAGGAGCUUCGCUAGGUACUUGCACCAGCAUAAUAGGCAUGCUAUAAUCAAGAUAUAAUCUAUCCACCCUUAACGAAUGAGUGUAAUAGAACUAUGCUAGGAUUUGAGAUGUACCUAGUCAAUUAGCGAUAUAUGUGUACUGCGUGACUUAAUCAUCAAAGAGAUGGAUGUCAUCAAGCGUACAAACAUAAAC